CCAGUAAGGAGAUGGAUGACGACGACGACUUCACUGAACUUUUAGACCAAACCGAAAACGCGCACGAUAGUCUGAGACUACACAUCGGGCAGAUGCAGCAAGUAACAAGGCGCGGUAAGGAAUUCCAGAAAGUCAGACAGUUCUAUCUGACGGCACCAGAAUGGUCCACACAAGAAGGCCAAAAGUUUUUCGAGAUGAUGGAACACAUCAAAUGUGUCUGCGAAAGCUUUGGCGAGGUGGUUGAAGCGUCGCGUAAAUACGUCCUUUGUACAAGGGACUUUGCCAAGGACACCAUCGUCUUUACAACCGAAGCCCAGGGAGACCUCGAGCGGGAAGACGAAAGGGAUCUUCUUCUUGAAUGGACAGACAGCAUCGAAAGAAUGAAAGAAUCUAAUCACAAGGCUGACAACUUGACGGGCAGAUUCAGGAAUGUUCUGAAGGAGCUGAGAGCAGCUCAGACGGAAGCUGCAGGUGGCAAGGCGCGCGGAAGGGAGAAUGCUGACACAGCAACAACGCGUGCAGUAGUCAGUGGGGGCGGUGCUGUGACGGCUGGCGUUGCAGCAGGGACGGUAGCAGCAACUGUCGGAACUGGCGGCGCUGCUAUCCCGCUCCUGGGAGCCGGAGCCUACAUUUGCAGCUGGGCAACACUUAAGUUUGCUGUUGAUUCAGUCAGGCACAAGGAGUGGCAGGAACAAUUCUCCUUUGUCUUCGGCCAACUAGACAAGGUCUAUGCCAUCUUAGAAGGUCUAACAGACGACUGCACACAAAAGCUGAAUGACCUGUCCCACAACAGCAAAGAGCUUCUCAACAAAUACAAGCGAAUGACAACCCGCCGCGGGAACAGAUUUCCAAGGACCGAAUUCUUCAAAAGGAAGUGCAUCCGACUUGGAGAAGAAUCAGCGAAAUUGCAGACAGCCUGCAUCGAGUACAUUGACAAUGAAGGCGUGAUUCGCGGCACGACUAGAAACCCGGCCAUACAAGACAUUGCAAACCCAGACUAGGGCACUGGGGGCAGGGUCAGAACUCCUGGAUAAGCAGUGACACAAAAUCUGUAUCAGCUG